AUGGCCUGGUGCAGGGCUGUCCUCCCACUGCUGCUUAUCACAGCAUCCAGCGUGCGUGGCGGUGAGGCCUUCAAAUGCUUCACAUGCGAGCAGCCCACAACCAUUUCGUCGUGUAAGAACGUCACUCACUGCAAGCCGGAGGCCACGGCCUGCCAGACCGUGCUCGUGCAGAUGGAGUCGGAAUACCCCUUCAACCAGAGCCCCAAGGUGACCCGUUCCUGCGCCAACUCCUGCAUAGCCACCGACCCUGACAGCAUGGGAAUCGCCCACCCCGUCUACUGCUGCUUCUAUGACUUGUGCAACUCCAUUGAGGCAUCACGCGACCUCCCUGGCCACAGACCACUGGCCUGCCAGACCACAUCGCUUCCCCCAUCACCAAACACCGGCUGA